AGGGAGGCCUGAUGACUUUAUCUUCACAUGCAAAAGGUUGGGGACAGUUAAGAGGCAGCAAAGACAGUAUCAGAAUCUGCACCACAAAAACAUCUUCUCUUUCAUGGACCCUCCUCCUGGUGGGCAAGGUGCCAUCUUCCCUGAGCUUCAGUGAACUGGGAUUGAAGCUGCUUACCCCGACCAUGUUCUUAAGGGUUAAAUAAACAACAUGUGAAAGCAGGUGCUUAAACUGGUGCUGCCCAAACUCUGAUGACAGUAAGUCAGCUCCCUAUUGCUGGAGAAGAAAAGCGCCCGGAUCCUUUCAGGAUUAAUCUAUUCAAAAAGGAAAUAAUAGAAAAAUACUCAACAUGCAAAAGUCUUGUGAAGAAAACGAAGGAAAAGCACAGAACAUGCCAAAGGCCGAGGAAGACCACCUUCCAGAAGAUAUACCACAGGGGGCAGAAGGCAAUCCUCCGCCUUCCGAAGAAGGUGUCAGCCAGGAAGCAGGAGGAAACCCUAGAAGCGGGCUGGCUCAACCUGUGCAGGCAUUCAAAGAGGACACUCCCGUUAGGCAUUUGGGCCCUGAAGAAAUGCUAAGAGGAGUAGAUGAGAUGGAAAGGCAUCCGGAAGACAUAAGAAGAGUAAGAAACAAGUUUGUGAUGAUGCAUUGGAAGCAAAGACAUUCACGCAGAUGACCUUAUCCUGUGUGCUUUAGGCCUUGAAUUCUUUUUUUUAAUCUGAUAGUAAAACCUGGCGCCUGCUUUCUGUUAGCAUAUUCUGAUGUAUCUUUUACCUUCCUUUUACUU